AUGAGCACUUGGCUAACCAUCUUGGCCUUUCUCCCAAUUGUCAUCAUUGGAUACCUCCUGUGCCGCGCCGCCUUCUACGUCUUCAACUUCACCAUCGAAACUAUCAUCGUGUACGCUUACUUCCUUUUCCGAAUUGACAAGAUCUUUUGGGUACCAAACGGGGCCAAGGGGCCAGGCGAGUAUGACCCAAGGCCGAACGCGGUAAGGCCGAACGUGGCAAGGCCAAGGAAUGAAGAGAACCCAGAACCCGCAGGCGAAAGGAUAGAAUUGCAAAAUCGUGGAGAGCAAGAAGGUGGCCGCGCGCCUGUGCGUGCAGCGGACCGUGAUGCGGAGCGUGAAGCCGAAGACCAACCAGCUGUACCAGCACCCGAUGCUCCUGGUACUCCCAAGCCACCCGAGCACGUUCUAUCUUCUACUUUCCUCGCGGGAUCAUCCACUUCGGUGCCUCAGUCCUCCACGUCUGAGGGCGGGGCGCAGGCUUCAUCCUCUGGGAUCAGACCACCGCCACCUUCAUUUACAUAUUCCGGAGCCAACAGUACUUCUGGAGCUUUAUCCAGACCAGCGCAGCCGUCUUCUUCGUUUGUAAAUGAGAGAGGUACGGGUGCUGCGACCGCCGGGACGGUUGGUAAUACUGGCAACAACUAUGCAACCAGUGGAUGGACAGGACCGUCGCAUCUUCGAGAAGGUAAGUUCAGCCCAUCCCGUGGCCUGAUCGUGAGGCAAGCUAAUGAGAAAGCUAAUAAAUCAGAGUGA